AAACUCUCUCAAUCUUGUAAUUAAUUCUUUUUUUUUUUUCAAAAGACACCAAGCACAAAAGUCUCUAACAAAUCACAACUAGCUCCUUGUUGUGAGAGAGUGGUGUUCCAUUCAAUAUCCAACUAAUUUUUUAUUUUUUUUAUUUUUUUUAAUAAUCUUAAACAACAAUCAUUUUCUCCUUUUGUUUCUUCCUCUUCUUCUUAUGUUACUUUUGCUACAACAAUUCUCUCUUUGUUUUUAUUUAACAUUCUGUGUUAAUAAGGGGUUGUUCUUGUGCUGCCCCCUUCAAUGUCAUCAAUUCCUGCAAUGAGGCCUGAUUCAUCCCAGAAGAGCCACAUUCCACAGGAAGAAGGUGCAGAAUGUGAAUCCAAGAAGAUGGAGGGAAUGAGUAACAAUAAAUCUAAUUUAAGCUGUGUUUCCAAGAAAGGAGAUCAAACAACAAAAUAUAGUUCUAAAAGCAGCAGUAACUCAUUUUUUGAUUCACCGAGUGGAACUGGAUUUAGCAAACUUACUGAAAAUGUGAUCGUAAAUCCUCUGUUUGAUCCAAAAAAGAUGGAUCCAUUAACAAAGGCUGUAGGAAAUACGAGCGGUAAUCAUCGUCCAAUGGCAUCAUCAAUUACUCAGCUACAAACAACUGGGCCUCCGUUAAAGACGAACGUUAACCCUGUGCUGAGCAGCAGCAGUAGCUGCCGUAGCGACAGCUUAGAGAGCUCAACAAAUGCACCAGUUAAGCCGCAUACAGGAGGUGACGUGAGAUGGGAUGCUGUUAAUAUGGUGAUUGCAAGAGGUUCAAUAGGAUUGAGUAAUUUUCGGCUACUGAAACGGCUCGGAUAUGGAGAUAUAGGAAGUGUGUAUCUGGUUGAACUUAGAGGAACAAAUGCACAUUUUGCUAUGAAAGUGAUGGAUAAAGCUUCUCUUGCAAGUAGAAAUAAGGUGCUUAGAGCGCAGACAGAGAAAGAAAUCCUUGGCCUUCUUGACCAUCCUUUUUUGCCUACCUUAUAUUCUUAUUUUGAGACUGACAAAUUCUAUUGCAUCGUCAUGGAGUUCUGCAGUGGAGGCAAUCUUCAUUCCCUUCGCCAGAGGCAACCUUACAAGUAUUUUACCGAGGAGGCUGCCAGGUUUUUUGCAUCAGAAGUAUUAUUGGCACUGGAGUAUCUCCACAUGUUAGGCAUUGUCUACAGGGAUUUGAAGCCGGAAAACGUUCUUGUCAGAGAUGAAGGUCACAUAAUGCUGUCGGAUUUUGACCUCUCACUUCGCUGCUCAGUCAGUCCAACCCUUGUCAAGUCCUCAUCUGUGCAUGUGGGAAAUGGUGGUGGCAGUACGGGUGGAGGCCUUAUAGAUGACGAAUUUGCAGUACAUGGAUGCAUGCAGCCAUCGACAUUUUUCCCCAGAAUUUUGCCUAGCAAGAAGAACCGCAAAUCAAAAUCAGACUUCGGCCUCUUUGUUGGCGGAGCACUACCCGAGCUAAUGGCAGAGCCGACAAAUGUACGAUCGAUGUCGUUCGUAGGCACCCAUGAAUACUUAGCUCCAGAGAUCAUUCGCGGAGAGGGUCAUGGAAGUGCAGUAGACUGGUGGACAUUCGGGAUCUUCUUAUACGAAUUGUUGCAUGGAACAACACCUUUUAAAGGGCAAGGAAAUCGGGCAACCCUGUUCAAUGUUGUAGGGCAGCCUUUAAGAUUCCCGGAAACACCACAAGUGAGCUUUAUGGCUAGAGAUCUGAUAAGAGGACUGCUUGUUAAGGAACCCCAUAAAAGGAUUGCAUAUAAAAGGGGAGCUACAGAGAUAAAACAGCAUCCUUUUUUUGAAGGGGUCAACUGGGCUCUGGUGAGAAGUGCAGUGCCUCCUCACAUACCUGAACCAGUAGACUUCUCACUCUUUGCAAGCAAAGAGCCACCCCCACAAGCUAAUCACAACAACGCCAAGAAAAUCACAGAUUUUGGAGGUGACGGUAAAGCCUAUGGUAGUCCUCAUCAUACUGAUUCUUACAUAGAGUUUGAGUAUUUCUAGACUUAAAUUAAUUUGAUCAUGUUGUACAAAACCAGCAAUUAAUUUGGACCCUAAUAAGACAUCUAAUAGUGAGAGUAAACCUGUGUUUAAGAAGAUUUUGUUGACAAGAAUUUGAUUAAUUCUUUCUAGGUGAGGAGAAAUAAGUAAUGUAUAUGAAACAAAGGCUAAUAUUUAAUAUCUUUGUCA